AAGGCCUGUUGUGGAGGAAGACUGAAUCGUACUGAUGCAUAUUAAAAAGUGUUUUCUUAGACAAAAUUUCUAAAGGGACAAAGAAUGUUUUACAGCAUAUUAUCACAGCUGCUUUUAUCAGCUGCUGUGGCUUCGUGGUCAGUUUCGUACCACCCUAGAAGCAUGUGUGCAUUCGAAAGAUCAUCUGUGGAUUUCAGCUGCAUGUUUGAUUAUAAGGAUUAUCACACGCUUAACACAAUAUGCUGGUUCAGACCAGAAGCUCAUCAGAAACAAGACGGAUCUCAGGUGGGGAUAUUUGUCUAUAACUCAGAAGCGGCAAAGAUUCACCAGCUUUACAAAAACAGAACAACUUACGCAAACAGAGACAAAAACUGCUCGCUGCAGUUACACAACGUCUCUCUAAAUGACACUGGAAUGUAUUUCUUUCGCUAUGAGACACAAUACUAUAAUGGAAAAUACACUGGACCGGGUGGCAUUAAACUCACUGUAGCAGUUCUACAUUUUAGAGUAACAGUGCAAACGCAAAAGGUGAAUGAAGACAUCCAUGAAGGAGACUCUGUGACGUUAACAUGCAGCGCAGAAAACUGCACCCCGGAACAAAAGCCGUUUGCCUGGUUUAAAAACCAGCGUCUGAUUCCAGAAGCCACUGCCAGGGUGCUCCAAAUCACCUCUGUCACUCACAGUGAUUUCGGCAACUACUCCUGCGGUCUGAAGAACAGCAGCACAACUUCUGCAGAUGAAAUACUGCUUGACGUAAGAUAUAGUCCAAAGAACGUCGACAUAGCUGUUUUGCCAUCUGGAAAGAUACGAGAAGGGGACUCGCUGACUCUGACCUGUGUGAGCAACGGCAAUCCUGCAGCGACAAACUACAGCUGGUUUACGAUCAAAGAAGCAAACGUCUCUUAUGUAGGCUCCGAUCGUGAAUUCUCCAUCAAAUCUGCCAGUCAGAAUGAUAAUGGACAAUAUUUCUGCAUUGCUAAAAACGACAUGGGUUCUCAAAACUCUACAGCCGUGUCACUGAAAGUCGAAGUGCGUGGUCCUCGAAAUUUCUUGCUGACUGCAACAGCUGCGUUCUUGUUUCUAAUGGCUGUACUGUUAGUCAUGUUUGGUCUCGUUAUAAAGAGGAAACAGUUUACUUCAAAGAAGCAGCCCACAGAACAGACGCCUACAGUCACCGUCACAGAGGAGAUCUAUGAGAACCUGAAAAAAUCCCCAGAGUCUGAGGAAAACUUCACUACACAUGUGACAUAUUCAGACUUAAGGCUUCCUCCAUCGACCUCGGACAGACCGCGUUGCAACAGUCAAGAGGACAACACUGUGAUAUACAGCCUUCUUAGUUACAAAGACUGAAUGAAUCUUAGCACUGUGAAUAAUGAGCUUUAGCAUUAUUUUUGCCUCUUUUUAUUCAAAAGAAUCAAAUGUCUAUACUGUGAAUACAUUUACACUGAGUACAAAAUUACUAUAGGGUCACACAAUACAAUGAGUAUAAAAGCAUUAAACAAAUAAUUUAUACAAUGUACAGUGAAGAUCAAAAACUAUUAAUAAAUCUCUAUGUACAUCUUU